GGGCCCGAGGGAGGACCGAGGGGAGGGAGGGAAGCCGCCUCGGCCGCUGCGGAGCUCCGGCCCGUCGGGCCAGCCCUCCCUUCUUUCCCCAGUCCCGUAGAGCCUGUUUCUCAUUAGAGUAACGGGCGCGGUCCCCGCCCGGCUUCUGAGUGUUUGUAAACGUCUGACCUGGGGCCGUCGCUUAACCGUUUAGUUGCUGGGAUGGGGCGGCGUUGGGGGUGCGGCCCUGAACCGGAGGGAUUUAGAGACUGGAGACGCUGCGGCCUCUAAGAGAGGUUGAAACUGUGUGUGGGGGGAAGAAAAUGAUAACCACCCUCCCAUCUCUCCUACCCGCCAGCCUCGCCAGUAUCUCCCACCGAGUCAUGAAUCUCCCAUCUAACUCCCUCUCACACAACCCAGGCCUCUCCAAGACUGACUUUCCCGGAAACUCCAGUCCAGGUCUUCCUUCCUCCUCCAGCCCAGGCCGGGACCUGGGGGCUCCUGCCGGAUCCAUGGGGGCAGCCAGCUGCGAGGAUGAGGAGCUGGAAUUUAAGCUGGUGUUCGGGGAGGAAAAGGAGGCCCCCCCGCUGGGCGCGGGGGGAUUGGGGGAAGAACUGGACUCAGAGGAUGCCCCGCCAUGCUGCCGUCUGGCCUUGGGAGAGCCCCCUCCCUAUGGCGCUGCACCUAUCGGUAUUCCCCGACCUCCACCCCCUCGGCCUGGCAUGCAUUCGCCACCGCCGCGCCCAGCCCCCUCACCUGGCACCUGGGAGAGCCAGCCCGCCAGGUCGGUGAGGCUGGGAGGACCAGGAGGGGGUGCUGGGGGUGCUGGGGGUGGCCGUGUUCUCGAGUGUCCCAGCAUCCGCAUCACCUCCAUCUCUCCCACGCCGGAGCCGCCAGCAGCGCUGGAGGACAACCCUGAUGCCUGGGGGGACGGCUCUCCUAGAGAUUACCCCCCACCAGAAGGCUUUGGGGGCUACAGAGAAGCAGGGGGCCAGGGUGGGGGGGCCUUCUUCAGCCCAAGCCCUGGCAGCAGCAGCCUGUCCUCGUGGAGCUUCUUCUCCGAUGCCUCUGACGAGGCAGCCCUGUAUGCAGCCUGCGACGAGGUGGAGUCUGAGCUAAAUGAGGCGGCCUCCCGCUUUGGCCUGGGCUCCCCGCUGCCCUCGCCCCGGGCCUCCCCUCGGCCAUGGACCCCCGAAGAUCCCUGGAGCCUGUAUGGUCCAAGCCCCGGAGGCCGAGGGCCAGAGGAUAGCUGGCUACUCCUCAGUGCUCCUGGGCCCACCCCAGCCUCCCCGCGGCCUGCCUCUCCAUGUGGCAAGCGGCGCUAUUCCAGCUCGGGAACCCCAUCUUCAGCCUCCCCAGCUCUGUCCCGCCGUGGCAGCCUGGGGGAAGAGGGGUCUGAGCCACCUCCACCACCCCCAUUGCCUCUGGCCCGGGACCCGAGCUCCCCUGGUCCCUUUGACUAUGUGGGGGCCCCACCAGCUGAGAGCAUCCCUCAGAAGACACGGCGGACUUCCAGCGAGCAGGCAGUGGCUCUGCCUCGGUCUGAGGAGCCUGCCUCAUGCAAUGGGAAGCUGCCCUUGGGAGCAGAGGAGUCUGUGGCUCCUCCAGGAGGUUCCCGGAAGGAGGUGGCUGGCAUGGACUACCUGGCAGUGCCCUCCCCACUCGCUUGGUCCAAGGCCCGGAUUGGGGGACACAGCCCUAUCUUCAGGACCUCUGCCCUACCCCCACUGGACUGGCCUCUGCCCAGCCAAUAUGAGCAGCUGGAACUGAGGAUCGAGGUACAGCCUAGAGCCCACCACCGGGCCCACUAUGAGACAGAAGGCAGCCGUGGAGCUGUCAAAGCUGCCCCUGGCGGUCACCCCGUAGUCAAGCUCCUAGGCUACAGUGAGAAGCCACUGACCCUACAGAUGUUCAUCGGCACUGCAGAUGAAAGGAACCUGCGGCCUCAUGCCUUCUAUCAGGUGCACCGUAUCACAGGCAAGAUGGUGGCCACGGCCAGCUAUGAAGCUGUAGUCAGUGGCACCAAGGUGUUGGAGAUGACUCUGCUGCCUGAGAACAACAUGGCGGCCAACAUUGACUGCGCGGGAAUCCUGAAGCUUCGGAAUUCAGACAUUGAGCUUCGGAAGGGUGAGACGGACAUCGGGCGCAAAAACACACGUGUACGGCUGGUGUUCCGGGUACACGUGCCCCAGGGCGGCGGGAAGGUCGUCUCAGUACAGGCAGCAUCGGUGCCCAUCGAGUGCUCCCAGCGCUCAGCCCAGGAGCUGCCCCAGGUGGAGGCCUACAGCCCCAGUGCCUGCUCUGUGAGAGGAGGCGAGGAACUGGUACUGACUGGCUCCAACUUCCUGCCAGACUCUAAGGUGGUGUUCAUUGAGAGGGGUCCUGAUGGGAAGCUGCAAUGGGAGGAGGAGGCCACGGUGAACCGACUGCAGAGCAACGAGGUGACGCUGACCCUGACUGUCCCCGAGUACAGCAACAAGAGGGUUUCCCGGCCAGUCCAGGUCUACUUUUAUGUCUCCAAUGGGCGGAGGAAACGCAGUCCUACCCAGAGUUUCAAGUUUCUGCCUGUGAUCUGCAAAGAGGAGCCCCUACCGGACUCAUCUCUGCGGGGCUUCCCUUCAGCAUCGGCACCCCCAUUUGGCACUGACAUGGACUUCUCACCACCCAGGCCCCCCUACCCCUCCUAUCCCCAUGAAGACCCUGCUUGCGAAACUCCUUACCUAUCAGAAGGCUUCGGCUAUGGCAUGCCCCCUCUGUACCCCCAGACGGGGCCCCCACCAUCCUACAGACCGGGCCUGCGGAUGUUCCCUGAGACUAGGGGUACCACAGGUUGUGCCCAACCACCUCCAGUCUCCUUCCUUCCCCGCCCCUUCCCUAGUGACCCAUAUGGAGGGCGGGGCUCCUCUUUUCCCCUGGGGCUGCCAUUCUCUCCGCCAGCCCCCUUUCGGCCUCCUCUUCCUGCAUCCCCACCGCUUGAAGGCCCCUUCCCUUCCCAGAGUGAUGUGCAUCCCCUACCUGCUGAGGGAUACAAUAAGGUAGGGCCAGGCUAUGGCCCUGGGGAGGGGGCUCCGGAGCAGGAGAAAUCCAGGGGUGGCUACAGCAGCGGCUUCCGAGACAGUGUCCCUAUCCAGGGUAUCACGCUGGAGGAAGUGAGUGAGAUCAUUGGCCGAGACCUGAGUGGCUUCCCUGCACCUCCUGGAGAAGAGCCUCCUGCCUGAACCACGUGAACUGUCAUCACCUGGCAACCCCAGCCCCAGCCUCAGCCCUGCCCCCUUUCCCUCCUUCCUGGAGUGGUGGCUACAGAAGCUUGGGGCCAACCCUGGCUCCUCUUUCCCCAGCUUCUGUCUGUCUCACUGUCUUCCCUCCCCUCCCCCAGCUGAGGUGUGGCCCUCAGGCCUGGUGCUGCCUUGGAGGGCUGGGGGAAGGAGUGUGUGGAGGAGGGAGGAGGGUGAAGACUGAGGCUAGGUGCCAGAAUGGACUGGAGUGAAGGCGUGUCUAGAGUGUGGCCUGGCUGUUGUGCUGGAAAGCUGGGGACAGGUUGAUGGUAAUAAACUGCUCAAUGACCAGUG